AGCACGAAGAGGGAGGCUGGAGUUUUCUUAGUUAAAAGCAUCUGUUGACUUCUGUGAUCAUUAUGAAAAUGCUGGUGUGAGGCCUUCAGGAGACAAUGGGGGGAAAAUGGACAUACUGUGCUGUCUAUUCCAUCAUCCAGAUGCACCUGGUCAGGGGAGUAGUGGAAACCUUCAGCGCAGAAGAACACAUUUACGCUCUACCUGGCUCUGAUGUCAACCUGACCUGCCAAGCGCAGAAGAAAGGCUUCUUGGUGCAGAUGCAGUGGUCCAAGGUCACUGACAAGGGGGACCUGCUUGCUGUUUAUCAUCCCGAGCAUGGCUUCUACUGUGCCAGCCAGGGUCCCUGUAGGUCACUGGUGGCUUUCAGAGAGGCGCCUGGGAAUGUGUUUGAGUGGACUCUGUACUUGAGGAACGUUUCCUCCUCGAUGACCGGGAAGUAUGAGUGUAGCUUCACUCUGUAUCCAGAGGGCAUUCAGACAAAAGUCUACAGCCUAAAGAUCCAGACAAAUGUUGCACAAGAAGAAUGGAGAAGCAACCAUACAAUAGAAAUAGAGAUAAACAGGACUCUGGAAAUACCAUGCUUUCAAAACACCUCCUUAGAAAUUUCAUCUGCGCUCACCUUGGCAUGGCUGGUGGAGGAUAAUGGAACUCAGGAAACACUUACCGCUCGAGGUCACCCCAUCAGCAACUCCACGUUAUUUAAAGACAGAGUCCGGAUAGGUGCAGACUACAGGCUCUACCUCUCUCCAGUCCAAAUCCACGAUGAUGGCCGGAAGUUCUCUUGCCGCAUUGUGGUCAGGUCUGGCAGAGUCUUGAGGAGCUCCACCACCGUCAAGGUUUUUGCUAAGCCGGAAAUCCCCAUUAUUGUGGAAAAUAAUUCCAUGGAUGUCAUUGGAGAGAGAAUUUUCACCUGCUUGCUGAGGAAUGUAUUUCCCACAGCAAACCUCACCUGGUUUGUACAGAGGAGCUUCCCUCAAGCUGAAAGAGAAGAAAUGUAUACCACUAGUGAAAAAAGAAAAGACAAAGAUGGAUUUUGGGAACUGAAGUCUGUUUUGACAAGUAUAUAUGAUAAUAAACCAGCCCACUCAAACAACCUGACCAUCUGGUGUAUGGCUCUGUCUCCAGCCCCUGGACACAAAGUGUGGAAUAGCUCAUCUGAAAAGAUCACAUUUUCCUUGGGCUCAGUGAACCCUCCAACAGAUUCUCCACUCAACGCUACAGAAUCUACCCUUGGCACGCAACCUUCUCCAGCCAACAGCAUAUCUCCUACAAGUUAUCGAACCCCAUCGUCAACAGCCAUUGUAGAUGUGAGCACAUCAACUUCAAACGUCACCCCUCCAAGUGCUCAAACCAGUAAUUCCACUGUGCCUACCCAAGGCUUCAACUACUCCUGGACCUCCAGUGGGAAAGACGCCAAACUCUCUCCAUGGAUGCCCAGCGAAACAAACAGUUCACCCUCCCCAGAUGCAGGUUCAGCACUUCCUGGUGACAUCUUCACCAGCACAACCAGAGCAUCUUCAGAAGUUCCCACAACUGCCAAUGUAUCUACUAAAAAUAAUCACAUUCAUAUCACUGGUAUUGUGAUCAGUAAGCCCAAAGAUGGAAUGUCCUGGCCGGUGAUCGUGGCAGCUUUGCUAUCCCCCUGUCUCGUGUUGUUCGGUCUUGGAGUGAGAAAGUGGUGUCAGUACCAAAAAGAAAUCAUGGAAAGACCUCCGCCUUUCAAGCCACCUCCACCGCCCAUCAAGUACACUUGCAUUCAGGAGUCCAUUGGAAGUGAUGUGCCUUGUCAUGAGCUGGAGACACUCUAGUCCUCUGAGGCUUUGACGCACAACAAAAUUCUGCUAGAAUCCUGUCGAAAAAGUAGAUGUCGUGCUUUGUUAAUAUAAUCGCCCUCUAGCCAAGCCUCUUCUGCAGCUGAAAUGGAUAUCAGAAGUGUAUGACCUGUUUUCCCCAAAGCUCACCCUCUUUCAUCUGCAUAUGCCGGAAAUUUAAACAAGACUGACAGGCGAUGUGAAGUGUUCACCCAGUGCAGUCUACAAGGAUUUUCUUGCCUGUGUACGAAGUGCAAAGUAGGCUGCUGCAUUAAAAAAAAAAAAAAAAAAAAAAGGCUUGCAGUGUUUUAUUUUUCACUUUUAAUUCCCUGAGGUGAUGACAAGGGUUUUAAACUUAUGUCCAUACCAGAUCUGCUCUUUGGGGCAGCUGCCAACAUUCUAAACUAUUAGCCAAAAUUAUGUUCAUCUCUGAGGGAGGGCUUCCCAGGUGACUCAGAGAUAAAGAAUCCGCCUGCCAAUGCAGGAUACACAGGAGACGUGGGUUCAGUCCUUGGGUCAGGAAGUUCCCUGGAGAAGACAAUGGUAACCAACUCCAGUAUUCUUGCCUGGAAAAUCCAGAUAAUGCACAGAGGAGCCUGGCAGGUCACAUGGGGUCACAAAGAGUCAGACACAACAGAGCGCCUGGGGUAUAUUGCAUUCCCCGGGAAAAUUAUAAGAUGAAAAUGUGAAAGUCUCAAUGAGAGUUCCAUAUAAUGGGAAAGUACAGUUAGUCUUUGUACUGAAAUCCAGUUGUUUAUUUUCACUGAAGGAAAACCGAAUACCUUGCAUAAGCACCCCAGUUCCAAUCUUCCUUCACUCGUCCUCCCAUCAUGCUCAGCCCAGGCUCCUGCCUCUAGGAUGAGGAAAGAGCAUAGGGAUAACAAGCCAACAACCAGAUAUCUGGCAGCUAAAACAGUCAGGGUAUAAAAUUUAAGGAGCUAUUCACACUCAGAGUCAUAGACUUGCACUAUCUUGUGAGUGAGUACCAGUCGCAGGCCUGCUAUAACCAAGAAGAUAACUGCAGAAAUGACCAGAGUAUGCCUUCUGAAGUUAGGUCAUAAACUACUUUGUAGCUUCUGCCUUGAUCUCUCCUUGAUCACCUGCUCUGGAAGAAGCCAAUUGCCAUGCUCUGAGGACCCUCAAGCAACCCUACCAAGAGGUCCACCUGUCAAGGAAUGCAGACCUCCUGCAGCAAGUAGCAGGCAGCCAGACUUGGUUGAGCGAGGUCGUUAAGCCCAUCCUCCAGCCCCCACUCAAGUCUUUAGGUAACUGCAACCUCACUGGAUGUUUUGGCAGCGAUUUCAUGAGAGUCAGAGCUACCCAAUUAAACCUCAUCUGAAUUUCUGACCUGCAGACACUGUGAGAUAGUAAAUACGUAUUGUUUAAUAAGUUUGGGUUCCCAGGUAGCUCAGUGGUAAAGAAUCUGCCUGCCAAGCAGGAGAC